AUGGCCACUCGUCGACCUAUGGAGCGCCACGUGGUAGUUCAAGAGCACGAAGCCCGCGAUGUACAAUUGCACUCGCGGAUGGCCCCGUGGCUGCCAGACGCGUCCACGCAGUUCCCCGUGACGACGUUGUGCACAUGUACAUGUGGAACCCAAACUCCAAGGCCUGUCUGGCCUUGUGCGCUGGACGCCGUCGUGCUGUCGGUCAAGUCGUCGCGGGGGAGCCAGCGCGAGUUCGCAUGUUAA